AUGCGAACCGAGAUUCUGAAAAUAGUCGAUACCGGCACCCACAAGCUUGGCCAGAAUGUUGUUUUUGAGCAUCCAUCAAUCGCAUCACUAAGCGCUCACCUUGAGCAUCUUCGCAGUGGCCAAGAAGAAAAACAGGAAACACUAGCUGAGCAAAUAGAUGCCCUUGUUUCGCGAUACGCCUCUUUCCACCCAGUCGAGAAGAAGCGGCGCAUUGCGCUCACCGGCGCCACGGGUUCCCUGGGUGCCCACGUCCUCGCACAACUGGUAUCACGGGCUGACGUUGAAGUCGUAUACUGCCUUGUACGCGCUUGCAACAACACCGACGCUUCGAAUCGCAUUGAGAAAUUCCUCGUCCAACGGAAAAUCUACAACACACUCGCGCUGUCCAAGAUGCGCGCGCUUGCAACCGACCUGGCGAGCCCUCGUCUCGGCCUCGACGAAGCAACAUACAAAGAUAUGGCGUCCAGUCUCACGGGCGUGAUCCACUGUGCGUGGAGCGUCAAUUUCAACAAGCGCUUGGUAUCCUUCCAAGACUGUAUUUCCGGGCUACAUCAUCUGAUUGCCCUCUGCCUGGCUACAUCUUCAUCUUCACGCGCCCCAGCUACAUUUGACUUUUGCUCGUCCGCCAGCACAGUAGCUAGAUGUCUAGGGCUGCACACGCCGGAGCAACUCGCUGAGUACGACUGGGCCCAAGACAUGGGGUACGCACAGAGCAAAUGCCACAUCUGCAUGGCCGCCGCGACGCAAACCGGCCUCACAGCGCGCGUGCUGCGGAUCGGGCAAAUCGUCGCUGACACUAUCCAUGGAGUGUGGAAUGCAACCGAAGCCAUUCCGCUCAUGCUACACUCGGCACUCACCGUCGGCGCGCUGCCCACGCUCCGCGAGACACCGAGCUGGACGCCCGUCGACGUAGUCGCGCAAGCCGUAGCGGAAAUCUCGCUCAGCGACGCCGCAACCAUGGUUGCCAAUGUGACCAACGCGAGGAGCUUCUCGUGGACCCACGACUUGCUUCCUGCACUGCGGGCUGCAGGCCUGCAGUUCGACGAGGUGGAGCCUAGGGAAUGGGUGCGCAGGCUGCGUGUAUCCAAUAAGGAUGCGCGGACCAAUCCGUGCAUUAUUGUCAAGACUUUUGUGAAGCAGUUUAGGGCUACGGAGUGGGAUACUCGAGGCUUCAAGCAUGUCAGAUUAGUCAUGAAUAAGGGCCAUUCUAGCCACAACGCAAUAUCCUAA